GGAGUCGACUCUAAAAUUAGUCAAAUAUAAAGGGAGAUAAUAACAGACCGAAAACUAAAAACAUGGGUUCAAGAUCAAAAGCGCUUGCCUUAUAUAAGCAAAUACUUCAAGAAAGUAAAAAGUUUACAUCGUACAACUAUAGAAAUUAUGCUAUUAGAAAAACACGAGAGGAAUUUAGACAAAACAAAGAAGUUACAGAUCCACAAAAGUUAAAAGAUUUAUUUAAAAAAGCCAAAGAUAAUCUAGAGAUUGUACAGAGACAGGUAUUGGUAGGACAAAUGUAUGAUGGGGGCCAUCUUGUGAUAGAAAAUCAACCAAAGACUUCAUAGUGUUUAAUAGUUAAAGAGAGAUUAUGUUGCUUCAUUAUAAAUGAGAAAGUAACUCCAGUGUUUCUGUGUUCCUCAAGAUAUAACACCAUGAUGUGAUAAAAGACUCUCUGAUCAUUAAACAUGUUGUAAAUCACUUAUAAACAGAUUUAAACAGGUGAAUACCAAUCAUAUGUGUUUAAUUUCAGUCUUCAAGGUAGAACAUUGAAACAUAUCUGUUUUAAAUGACGAUCUUGAAUAAUAUGAAUUAUGUUUGUUUGUUUCAAUUAAAGUGUUACAUGUGA